AUGGCAAAAAAGAAAGCAUUCACUCCUCUUUUCUAUCUUUCAUUUAUAGUCUUUUUGCCCUGGUGGAUUUCUUUCUCAUUUAAGAAAUGUUUGGAAUCUUGGAUUACUAAUUGGUGGAAUACUGGGCAAUCCGAAAUUUUCUUGAAUGAUAUUCAAGAAAAGAGUAUUCUAGAAAAAUUCAUAGAAUUAGAAGAAUUCGUCUUCUUGGACGAAAUGAUCAAAGAAUACUCGGAGACACAUCCACAAGAGUUUCGUAUAGGAAUCCAUAAAGAAACAAUCCAAUUCAUCAAGAUACAAAAUGAGGGUCAUAUCCAUACGAUUUUGCACUUCUCGACAAAUCUCAUCUGUUUUGUUAUUCUAAGCGGUUAUUCUAUUUGGGGUAAUGAAAACCUUGUUAUUCUUAACUCUUGGUCUCGGGAAUUCCUAUAUAACCUAAGCGACACAGUCAAAGUCUUUUCCAUUCUUUUAUUAACUGAUUUAUGUAUCGGAUUCCAUUCACCACAUGGUUGGGAAUUAAUGAUUGGCUCUAUCUAUCAAGAUUUUGGAUUUGGUUAUAAUGAUCAAAUUCUAUCUGGUCUUGUUUCCACCUUUCCAGUCAUUCUCGAUACAAUUUUGAAAUAUUGGAUUUUCCGUUAUUUAAAUCGUGUAUCUCCGUCACUUGUAGUUAUUUAUCAUUCAAUGAAUGACUGA